AUGGACGUCAACGAGGAGGCCAUGGCGGCGAACAAGCGCGCCUUCCUCGACUUCCUCGACCAAGACGUCGGCAAGGGCGUGUACAUGCAGGCGGUGCGCGACAUGGUGCAGAGCAAGCGCCACCGGCUCACCAUCGGCAUGGACGACCUCCGCAAUCACAACCUCGACCUCGCCCGCAGGAUCAUCCGGAGCCCCGGGGAGUUCAUGCAGCCGGCGUCGGACGCCGUCACGGAGGUGGCCAGGAACCUGGACCCCAAGUUCCUCAAGGAAGGGGAGCGCGUGCUGGUCGGCUUCACCGGCCCGUUUGGAUUCCACAGGGUCACGCCCAGGGACCUCAUGUCCUCCUUCAUCGGGACCAUGGUCUGCGUCGAGGGCAUCGUCACCAAAUGCUCGCUGGUGAGGCCAAAGGUUGUCAAGAGUGUUCACUACUGCCCUGCAACAAAUGCUUUCCUCUCGCGUGAAUACAGGGACAUCACAUCUUUUGUAGGCUUGCCAACUGGUUCUGUUUAUCCAACUAGGGAUGAAAAUGGCAAUUUGUUGGUCACCGAGUAUGGGAUGUGUGAAUACAAGGAUCACCAGACCUUGUCCAUGCAAGAGGUUCCUGAAAAUGCUGCCCCUGGACAACUUCCAAGAAGUGUAGAUGUUAUUGUAGAAGACGAUCUUGUAGAUUGUUGCAAGCCAGGUGACCGUGUCUCAAUUGUUGGUCUAUACAAGGCUCUUCCAGGAAAAAGCAAGGGCAGUGUUAGUGGUGUCUUCAGGACUGUCCUUAUUGCAAAUAAUGUUUCACUUCUGAACAAAGAGGCAAAUGCGCCUGUCUAUACUCGGGAAGAUCUGAAGCGGAUGAAAGAAAUAUCAAGGAGAAAUGACACAUUUGACUUGCUGGGGAAUUCACUUGCUCCAUCAAUUUAUGGCCAUCUCUGGAUAAAGAAGGCAGUUGUACUAUUAAUGCUUGGUGGUGUUGAGAAGAAUUUGAAAAAUGGAACUCACUUGAGAGGAGAUAUAAACAUGAUGAUGGUGGGAGAUCCUUCAGUUGCCAAGUCUCAGCUUCUGAGAGCUGUUAUGAACAUAGCCCCUUUGGCUAUCUCAACUACUGGAAGGGGUUCAUCUGGUGUUGGUUUGACUGCUGCUGUCACUUCUGACCAAGAGACUGGGGAAAGAAGGCUCGAGGCUGGUGCCAUGGUUCUUGCUGAUCGUGGUGUUGUGUGCAUUGAUGAGUUUGAUAAGAUGAACGAUCAAGAUCGAGUUGCUAUACAUGAAGUCAUGGAACAGCAAACUGUGACAAUUGCCAAGGCAGGAAUACAUGCAUCGCUAAAUGCAAGAUGCAGUGUAAUUGCUGCAGCAAAUCCAAUAUAUGGAUCCUAUGAUCGUUCAAUAACACCAACAAAGAACAUUGGGCUUCCGGAUUCACUGCUCUCUCGUUUUGAUCUGCUCUUUAUUGUUCUUGAUCAAAUGGAUGCUGAUAUCGACCGUCAGAUUUCAGAACAUGUUGCACGGAUGCAUAGAUACUGCGCUGAUGAUGGAGGAUCAAGGUCUCUUGAUAAAGCAGGAUAUGCUGUGGAGGAAGAAGAUGGCGAUGCUAAUGCAGCCAUAUUCGUUAAAUAUGAUAGAAUGCUCCAUGGACAGGAUAGAAGGCGAGGCAAGAAGGCCAAACAGGACAGGCUGACUAUCAAAUUCCUGAAGAAAUAUAUACACUAUGCAAAGAACCUUAUUCAGCCAAAGCUCACUGACGAGGCAUCUGAUCACAUUGCAACUUCAUAUGCUGAGCUCAGAGAUGGUAGUGCAAAUGCAAAGGCUGGUGGAGGUACGCUUCCAAUUACAGCAAGGACAUUGGAAACAAUGAUCCGUCUAUCUACUGCCCACGCGAAGAUGAAACUGAGACACGAGGUUCUGAAAAUUGAUGUUGAGGCUGCAUUGCAAGUUCUGAAUUUUGCAAUAUUCCACAAGGAACUGACUGAUAUGGAAGAUCGUGAACAGAAAGAGAUGGAGAAACAACAAGCUGAAAAUGAAGCAGCUGCAGGUGCUGAUAAUGCAGAUGGGCAUGGAGAUGCUAGUGGCAAUGGAGAUGAGAAUGGAGGCACUGGUAACGACCCAAUGGAUGUUGAUGGAAGCAAUGCAUCAAAGGAUCAGGAUGUUUCUUCACAGAGAAUUGAAGCAUUUGAGGCGAUUCUUGGACAGCAUGUGUUGGCAAACCAUGUUGAUCAGAUGUCCAUUGAUGAAGUUGAGCAAACAGUCAAUAGGGAUGCAGCUGCACCUUACACUAGAGGCCAAGUAGAGUUCAUCUUGGAGAGGAUGCAAGAUGCAAACAGGAUAAUGAUUCGAGAUGGCAUUGUCCGCAUCAUCUAACUGCAGCAUGAUUUGGCAUUGGACAAGCUGCUUGUGAUAUGCGUUGUCCUGAUCUAUUAUGUAAAUCUUCUCCAGUUUGUCUGAAUUCCUGGAGAGAUUUAGUCGGAACUCUGUAUUGGUAGCCAGCUGUCUGUUCGUGUACUCUGUGUAUCUUAAUUCCUAUCAGUGAGGUUUAA